AUGUGUUGUAAAGAAUGGUUUGGACUUUUCUAUACAUAUGUCACUGUACGAGAUAAAACAUGGAUACGCAUCGAGCAACCCACGGGUCUCCACAUCGAGCCAGAGGUGGACCUGACCCCUAUUCUGAUAUGCCGGGAACACUUUCAGUUCUCAGAGUCUGUCCCGGCGCGGCAGGAGCUGGGGCGGCAGGAGGUGGAGCUGCAGGAGGUGGAGCUGCAGGAGGUGGAGGGAGCCGGGACAAUGCUCUCAUCUCUGCAAAAUGUAACGCACUACGGGGCUAAGGGUCUGAUCGCCGUAGGGUAG